UGAAUAUUAUUUGUUAUUUUCAUUAGGUAUCUUUCUUUGUUUAGUGUUGACUACGUUCUCUGAUACAUUAAUCAUGAUACCGUUUUAUGAAUAUUAAAGUCGUUGUCUUAAAAUCUGUUUGCUCUCAUGACAAGAAGAUAUUUUUCUCUCAAUUCGUUUAUGAGCACAAACAUUUAGUAUUAUUUGCCUGUUGGAUUUCGGAUAGAUGAGUCUGUAUGAAAUGAUUGGUAAAAAAUGGGCUUUACCAAUAUAGUUAAACAAUCAGACUGCGAACGGUUGCUGAUAGACAUUCAAAUGAGAAGAAAAAUAGAACAUCGUAUUACCCUUAGAAAACUGGUCAUGUUCUUUGCAUUGUUGACUUUAUUUGGUAUCAUAUAUUUUGGUUAUUUUUGUUCAGACAACCGUUGUUCAUUAUCCUAUAAUCCUAAACCGGCCAUUUAUUCAGAAUGGACAGUAAUGAACCUUCUAUCGACCAAUAUAACUGACUUUAAAAGUGCUAAAGACACAGGUACAGGAGUGAGUUACAAUGAUAUGCAAAGUGAAAACCAAUUACGUUUUGACAUGAAUGCACAUGAUGUCAUGGUGUUUUUGCAUAUACAGAAAACUGGUGGUACAUCGUUUGGGCGUCAUCUUGUUCAAGAUUUAGACUUACAGCGUCCUUGUACAUGUCAAAGAAAAAGAAAGUUAUGUUAUUGUUUCAGACCAAGUCGAAAUGAAAAUUGGCUCUUUAGUCGAUAUUCUACAGGAUGGAAAUGUGGACUCCAUGCAGAUUUUACUGAAUUAACUGGUUGUGUUGAUUCUGAACUUGACAAAAAUGAAGGCAAAUCUAUAAAAAGAAGAUAUUUCUAUCUAACUUUAUUGAGAGAUCCAGUUAGCCGUUAUCUUUCUGAAUACAAACAUGUGCAAAGAGGAGCAACUUGGAGAAUGUCCAGACAUUGGUGUGGGGGUCAUCCAGCAUCACUUGAAGAAUUGCCAAAAUGUUAUAAUGGUACAUUUUGGACAGAUGUAACAUUAAAUUCGUUUGCAGAUUGUCCUUAUAAUUUAGCUGCCAAUCGACAAACAAGAAUGUUGGCAGAUCUAUCUCUGAUUGGUUGUUAUAAUUCUUCAUAUAUGAAUCAAGAGGAACGAAACAGGGUCAUGCUAGCAAGUGCUAAAAGAAAUUUAUUGUCAAUUGCGUUUUUUGGACUUACUGAAUUUCAAAAGUUAAAUCAAUACAUAUUUGAAGAAACAUUUAAUUUAAGAUUUGCAGUAACAUUUACACAACAUAAUACAACUUUAUCUGCCGUUUAUAAAUCUUUAUUAAAUGCUGAAGAGUUAGAAAAAGUGAAAAAAAUAAAUGCAUUAGAUAUUGAAUUGUACAAUUUUGCAAAACAUUAUUUAUUUAGACGAUUUGAAAAAUUACGAGCAAAAAACCCAAAUUUUAAAGAACGGUGGGCACAUUUAGGCCAACUGCCAAGUCAAACUGCCUUUGACUGGGAAAAAGAAGUAGAGACUGAAGCAGCUGACAACGAGGUAAAUUAUACGUAGCAUUAACUUUUUUUGUUAAACAAAACCCAACAAAGAAAAGUAACAGAUCUCUUGUUUAUUUGAAAAAAUGUAUAUUAUAUAAAAAUAUGUAUGCUUUAAUCUUUUCCCGAGCUUGUUCCUGCCAUGCCAAAAUACUAAAAUUAAAUUAAAUGUGUUAAGAUUUAUAUAAUUGAAUACAAUU